GAACCUGAUGGCGGUGAGCCUGGAGCGUGGAACAUUAGGUUAACGCGAGUCUCAUGGCUAAUGUGUGGGCCACUCUCCGCAGGUCCUAGUGACCGGUGCGGCCUAGUUUAUCCCAAGUGUCCUGAGAGAGAUGGGUCCUCGGGACAUCAACCGCGCGUCAUUGGGUCACUUCCCCUACUUCGCGCCGUGAUGACGGUGAGAGGGCUUUGGCCCAUGGAAAGCGACGUCUCCUUCUGGUUCAUGCGGCAGCUUGAUUGCGGUCAGAGCUUAGUUCUCUGUCCUCCGAAAAAAGCCGUAGCUCUGACCCUAGGGAAACCUUGAUCCUGGCAAUUGACUACCGGUUUUCAGUGCGGGCAACUGUUGUGGAUGUUUUUAAGUCACCCCUUUUACGGGCACCGAAGAUUAUGAGUAUUUUCUCUCCAAGACUUCUCAGUCUAUUCGUGGGGUUCUUCUUUUUCCAAACGAAACCGACUUAUUGGCUCAUUCCGGUAUGAAUCAGAGUUCGGUGCUUGAGACAGUCCUGGCUACUGAAUGUAAGCUCUCUGAAGGAAGCAUCUUGUUCGAUAAGUACAACUCAGCUUCUUACAACUAUUGUAGAGGCAGGCGCGGUGGCCCACGAUUGUAAUCCCAGCUACUCGGGAGGCUGAGGCAGGAGGAUCACAAGUCGGAGGAAUUUAGUGAGACCCUGGCUCAGCAUAAAAAAAUUUAAAAACCUAGGGAUGUGACUCAGUGGUUAAUCACCCUUGUGUCCAAUCCCUAGAUCAAAAAAAAAAAAAAAAAAAGAACUAUUGUAGAACCACUAACUCUGCAUUCUACAGAACUGUUCUAGAACUCCUAAUGAGAAUCUCAUUUUUUUGUAUGAAGCAUCCCAGGCCUGAUGAAUAUGCGUCUGAGAAAACCCUGUGUCUUCAGUAUCAGUAUGGAUUCCUCAAAUUAUUCAAGGAUGGAGAAUCUUCAGUAGUGUUAAAUUACCACCAACAUAGAUGAGAUGGCUUCAUCACAAAGGAAAGGACUGCAGGCCAGAAUUCUCAGCUCUGAAGAAGAGGAGAAACUGAAAAGAAACCAACCUUUGGUGUCAGAUUUUAAACAGCAAAAACUGGAAAAAGAUGCUCAGAAGAACUGGGACCUUUUUUACAAAAGAAAUAGUACCAAUUUUUUCAAAGAUAGACACUGGACCACCAGAGAGUUUGAGGAGCUAAGAUUAUGUAGGGAGUUUGAGGGUCAAAAAUUAACUAUGCUUGAAGCUGGUUGUGGGGUUGGAAAUUGUUUAUUCCCGCUUUUAGAAGAAGAUUCGAAUAUCUUUGCCUAUGCCUGUGAUUUUUCUCCAAGAGCGGUUGAAUUUGUUAAGCAAAAUCCUUUAUACAACACAGAGAGAUGCCAGGUAUUCCAGUGUGAUCUCACUAAAGAUGACCUUCUGGAUCAUGUACCACCAGAAUCUGUGGACGUUGUCAUGUUGAUAUUUGUGCUCUCAGCCAUUCACCCAGAUAAGAUGCACCUUGUUUUACAAAACAUUUAUAAGGUUUUAAAACCAGGCAAAAGCAUCUUGUUCCGUGACUACGGGCUGUACGAUCAUGCCAUGCUUAGGUUUAAAGCUGGCAGCAAACUUGGAGAAAACUUUUAUGUUAGACAAGAUGGAACCAGAUCAUAUUUUUUUACUGAUGAAUUCCUGGCUCAGCUCUUUGUGGACACAGGUUAUGAAGAAGUGGCAAACGAGUAUGUGUUUCGAGAGACAGUGAAUAAAAAGGAAGGCCUCUGUGUGCCGCGGGUGUUCCUUCAGAGCAAAUUCCGAAAGCCUUCGAAGAACCUGAAGCCUGCGACCCUGGGCCUGGGUCACCUGCCUGGCAAUUGUGCCUCCCCUUGAGGAGAGGAGAACUUGAAAUUAGUUUUUUAGUUUGUCUAUUUUUAUAUUUUAAUUUUUUUAAAUGAGCACAUAUAAUUUUUGUAUUAAAAAAAGGAGCAAGUGAUUGUGUGCUAUUAGAAAUGCAAAUAAAACUGCAAAGCCUGAA